GUUCAAUAAUUUUUUAUUCAAUUAUAUUUUUUAUUUUACAAUGCGUUUAACCUUGUAAUAUUGAUAACUCUGGAUUUGUGUUAUUACUUGUGUAUAACUGAGAUGUAUAAUAUUUAUAUUUUAAUGUAAAAUUGUCUUGUUUGAAAAUUUAAAAUGACGGAAGAAAAGGUUUACAAUUUGGACGUUUCCAAAAAUUUAGGAAAUGUCCGAGUUUUUGCCAAAGGACUAACUAAAAUAAAAUAUUCAACAAUUGCGAAAGAUAUUGAAAAACUUCAAGAUUCUAAAAAUUUGGGCGAACUUCUGACUCAACUACAACAAACACAUCAAUCCCUUGAUAGACUUGGUGUUUUUAAGGGUUUGACUACGAAUGUGCUCCGAGGUAAUCAGGAAGGAGACGUUGAUGUUGUAUUUACAUUUGAGGAGAAACCUGCGUUUUACACCGUUGGAGCCAAUGUUAACUCAAAAACCAAAGCCGGAAUUGAGCUUAAGGGUGAGAUUCCGGGACUUUUUGGCUCAUCAAAUACUCUAACUUUAAGUGCUAAUACCGCAGGAACAGGAAAUAAUGAACUUACAGGGAGUUAUUUUAUCCCGAGAUUGCCGUUAUUGGAUAAAUUUACUGGUUUAUUUUCAGUGUUUACCUCUUACAAUGAUUUAAAAAAGUAUUGUUCCUAUACUAAUAGGAUCAAGGGCUUCAAAUUCAACUUAUCAAGCCUAAAUCAAAAACAUAAUUUCACAUGGGAAUCGUGCAUCAGAGACAUUUAUCCAGUUUACAACAACAGAAUGAAAUCGUCUGAAAUGGUCUUGAGGAACAGUGGCUGUUCACUCAAAAACUCACUCUCAUACGUUUAUAAACAUGAUAACACAACUGGUGACGGUGUACCCACACAAGGCCAUUUAACACAAAUUAAAAUUGAAACGGGAUUGCCUGGAGGAGAUUGUCUCUUUUUUAAGCUUAAUUAUAACUUAUCAUUCUCAAAAUUGUUAUUCCAACAAUUGAUAAUCAAUAUGAAUGUUGGAUUUGGAUAUUUGUAUAAUUUUGGGAAUUAUAACAAGAGUAAUAAUUUGUUGGAAAAGUUUAACUUUUCUGGUCCGUCAGGAUCCCAUUUAGCAUUUCGCGGCUUCUCAUUUCAAGGCCUAGGACCCUACGAUUAUGGAUUUGUUAAAAGUGGAACUACUGAGAGUGAAGAAUGGAUUAAUAAAGUGGACCACUUGGGCGGAGACUACUAUACAAACAUGCAAUUGUCAUUAUAUUACCCUUUUAAACUAUUAAAUUUACCAAAGCCGAUGGUAUUCAGCUUUGUUAAUAUCGGAUCUUUAUCGAAUAAUAACAAAUUAUUUUUUUAUAAUCAAUUGAUAAAUGAUAUGAGAAUGUCGAUUGGUGGUGGAUUAAGUUUAAACUUGUCAAAUGGUUGCUGGAUUGAAGCUUUUUAUGCUAAACCAAUUCUAUACUCACCCACUGACAACAUCUCAAACUUUCAAUUAGGACUCAGAUUCAAACACUCAAUCUCAUAACCAACA